AGAAGAAGAAGAAGAAGAAGAAGAAGAAGAAGAAGAAGAAAAAAGCAACAUGGCGUUUGACGGAAAAUUCCUAAACGUGUGCCUUAUAGUUGUUUGUUUUUAAUGAUUGCAGACAUGUACACAUAUAUAAUGUUUAGUACAUUAAUAAUUCUUUGUAUUCCUGAUACAUCAGUCUGCACACACGUAUAGUCUUUAGUAGAUGAAUAAUUGUUUGGUGCAUUAGUCUGAGCGCUAGCUUAGCUUGCUAGUUAGCUUAGCUUGGUAGCUGCUAACAAAGACGCGGAAGUGAUGAACACACCACUAAGUGAUGAACACACCACUAAGUGAUCAACACACCACUAAGUGAUCAACACACCACUAAGUGAUCAACACACCACUAAGUGCAGAUGGAGACUAAGUACACAUCAAAUGGGUCUGUGACCAACAUCUUCUUCCUGAACAACACAAGUGGCGCUUCAGGAUGGCGCAGGAGGAGCCACAGCCCUCCCACAUUAAGGAGGAAGAUGAGGCCCCUCACGUUAAAAAGGAAGAGGAGGACCCAUUGACCCCUCACAUUAAAGAGGAAGAGGAGGAACACAGCAUCAGUCAGGAGUUCCCAGUGACUGGUGUUCCUGUGAAGAGUGAAGAUGAGGAGGUCAAAGGUGAAAGUGAGGAGGAGCCUCACAUGACAAGAGAAGAUGAUGGAGACCACUGUGGAAGACCACCAGCAGACAAGUUCUUAUCAAGGUCACACUCUCCUGACUCUGAUGAUGGAGACCACUGUGGAAGACCACCAGCAGACAAGUUCUUAUCAAGGUCACACUCUGAUGAUGGAGACCACUGUGGAAGACCACCAUCAGACAAGUUGUUAGCUCCACUAUCAAGGUCACACUCUCCUGACUCUGAUGAUGGAGACCACUGUGGAAGACCACCAGCAGACAAGUUGUUAGCUCCACUAUCAAGGUCACACUCUCCUGACUCUGAUGAUGGAGACCACUGUGGAAGACCACCAGCAGACAAGUUGUUAGCUCCACUAUCAAGGUCACACUCUCCUGACUCUGAUGAUGGAGACCACUGUGGAAGACCACCAUCAGACAAGUUCUUAUCAAGGUCACACUCUGAUGAUGGAGACCACUGUGGAGGACCACCAGCAGACAAGUUGUUAGCUCCACUAUCAAGGUCACACUCUGAUGAUGGAGACCACUGUGGAGGACCACCAGCAGACAAGUUGUUAGCUCCACUAUCAAGGUCACACUCUGAUGAUGGAGACCACUGUGGAGGACCACCAGCAGACAAGUUGUUAGCUCCACUAUCAAGGUCACACUCUGAUGAUGGAGACCACUGUGGAGGACCACCAGCAGACAAGUUGUUAGCUCCACUAUCAAGGUCACACUCUCCUGACUCUGAUGAUGGAGACCACUGUGGAAGACCACCAGCAGACAAGUUGUUAGCUCCACUAUCAAGGUCACACUCUGAUGAUGGAGACCACUGUGGAGGACCACCAGCAGACAAGUUGUUAGCUCCACUAUCAGAUAGUGAGGACACAACGUCACACUCUGAUGAUGAAGACUCUAAAGAUGGCCAGACACGCUUUAAAUGUUCUCACUGUGACAAAACGUUCAAAUACCGUCGUAGUGUGAAAAGACACAUGAAAAUACACACUGGAGAGAAAACCUUUUCCUGUUCAAUCUGUGGCAAAGAUUUUAGUGAAAGGAAAGAUUUGAAAACACACCAGAGCGUACACGCUGGAGAUAAACCUUUUUUGUGUUCAGAAUGUGGUAAAGGUUUUGCACGAAAAACUAGGUUGAAAGAACACAUGAGAACACACACUGGAGAAAAACCUUUUUCCUGCUCAGAAUGUGGUAGAGACUUUGGACGAAAAAACUUGCUGAAAGAACACAUGAGGACGCACACUGGAGAAAAACCAUUUUCUUGUUCAAUCUGUGGCAAAGAUUUUGUACAAAGACAGUGUUUUAAAGUACACAUGAGAAUACACACGGGAGAAAAGCCUUUCACGUGUUCAAUCUGCGGUAAAUAUCUUGUUCAAAGACAGCAUUUAAAAAUACACAUGAGAACACACACUGGAGAAAAACCUUUUCCCUGCUCAGUAUGUGGCAAAGGUUUUGCUCAGAAAAGUGUUCUAAAAGAGCACAUGAGAAUACACACUGGAGAAAAACCUUUUUCUUGCACGAACUGUGGUAAAAGUUUUACACGAACCUACGAUUUGAAAGUACACGUGAGAAUGCACACUGGAGAAAAGCCUUUUACCUGUUCAAUCUGUGGUAAAGGUUUUGUACGGAGUCAGUAUUUGAAAGAACACAUGAGGACGCACACGGGAGAGAAAGUGUUUAGUUGUAAUGUGUGUAAUGAAAGAUUCUCCAAUAAGUACCAGUGUAAGAAACACAAGUGUGCUGGUGACAACAGCAGCAGCAAAUGAUUUGAAAUAAUAAUAAUAUAUAUAAAGUUACUAUGUUAACUUUGACUUUGUAACAUCAGCUCAUAUAAUGUGUGACAUCACUGUUGUGUGUGUAACACAGUCUUGUUACUACGGGUUGACCAUUUAUACAUUAGCUAAUGUUUUGUCAGUCAUGUACAGUACGUGCAUUAAUAUGCAACAUUGUGGAUUUCUGGAAACAAGACAUUUAUACAUUAGCUGAUGUUUUGUCAGUCAUGUACAGUACGUGCAUUAAUAUGCAACAUUGUGGAUUUCUGGAAACAAGACAUUUAUACAUUAGCUGAUGUUUUGUCAGUCAUGUACAGUACGUGCAUUAAUAUGCAACAUUGUGGAUUUCUGGAAACAAGACAUUUAUACAUUAUCUGAUGUUUUGUCAGUCAUGUACAGUACGUGCAUUAAUAUGCAACAUUGUGGAUUUCUGGAAACAAGACAUUUAUACAUUAGCUGAUGUUUUGUCAGUCAUGUACAGUACGUGCAUUAAUAUGCAACAUUGUGGAUUUCUGGAAACAAGACAGGGAGAAAUUUGACUGAAAAUACAAGUAAACGAUACAACACAUGUUACAUACAAUGAAUAUUUGAUGUGUCUAAGGAUAUCAAUAUUUCUGUUUUAUACUUAUAAUAGUUUUAUAUAGGUGUAACUGCUGUGUACCCGUCCCGCCAAGAACCCACACACAGGCUGGAUUGGAUGAUGUGGUUCUUUACUGGUAGCUGCAAUGAGUGAUCAGAGAGCACAUACACACAAUAUGUGGUUAGCACCUCUGCUGCUUUCGAUGUCAUUAGCAGAGAACAGGAAGUCUACCCAAGUACAUAACAUCUUCAUAUUUUCACAAUUACAUGAAAUGCAAUUACAGAUGUAACUUAAUACAAUGGUUUUUAACAGUAUUCUUUUUUCGUGUGUGAUCGUAUAGUGGUUUUAACUUGCUUGUAUCUUUAAUGGUAUUACAAUUAAUUCAAUGCAACAUAUUUUUAACUUGGUUUUUAACCAACAUCAUCCUUUUUUAUAUAUUUAUGAAAUAGAGCAUAGAAAAAUACAAAAUACAAUACAAGACAUGACACAAAUAAUUAAAUGGACUUUUAGCACCCUCUAAUGGUGACUAGCGAAUAUGACAGACCACGUUGUUCCCAUGUUAAAAUGGCGAACAAUACAAAUUUAAAUAUGAACGUCUUGACACGUAAAACGCACAUAGUGCAACAAUUAUUACCUGCAAUGAGUGAUCAUACACACAAUAUGUGGUUAGCACCUCUGCUGCUUUCGAUGUCUACAGGGGGAAAAUAAUAUCGACUUCAGUGCAAAAUAGUAGGACAUCUGACGUGAGCAACAACCAAUUCAAAACGAAAAUUCCACAACAUAGCAUUUCAACUGCUAUUAAAUAACUGUGUAUCUUACAAUAAAUCUCACGUUAGCUUUAGUGUAAUUUAUAAUAUUUUGCAGAGCAAUAUCAAAACGUGUCUUACCAUUAGCAGAGAACAGGAAGUCGACUAAUAGCUUCCGGUUUGCGGUAAUAUCUACAGACUUUUCAGGUACCAGCAGAUGGCGCAAUUGGACCUCUCAUUGCAUAACAAACCAAUAUACAUAUUUUAGCAGGAAUUUCACUCAAAUAAUCAAAGUAUUUCUUAUACCCGUUACAUAGGUUACUGAAAUAAUCAAGUGUAGUUUUAUAUAAUAAUCAAGUGUUACAUAUUGUUUCUAAUCGUAAAAGAUUGUAUAGAUUAACUCCUGUAUAUUAUAUACAGAUUUGUUUUAAAUGUGUUAAUACUUUUGAGUACACAAAUUCCUAUAAAUUCAUAUGUUCACAUCACCUGGACCACUUCUAGAAGCACAUUAUUUACUUUGUUUAUACAAGAUCAUUUACAUUUAAAAUGUGUGACUUUAUGAAUGAUUUGUUGGGUCUUAAUAAUCCAUUCUGUUAAUGAUCUGUAUUACUGUUUUGUAUUAUGAAUAUUGUUUUAUAUGCAUGUCCUCAGGCCUUUAUGCAAUAAGCAAUGUAUACGUCAACAAAAGUUGGGUACAAUAAAUGUAAUAU